CAAUAAACCCGGGCUAAGAGCGCCCUGGGCUCGCCUCCUUCUCCAAGGCGAUCAAUAGGAUCUCAGGCGCUCUACAAGCACUCUCUUACGUAGACAUCCACCAAGGAGAGAGCCGAUACAACAACACGGUUGAUCUGCUCAAACACAAAAAUCUACCUGCUUUCUGAAUCAUGUCGUUGAGCCCAAAGCACACUACGCCUUUUUCAGUGACAGAUAUUUUGAGUCCAAUCGAGGAGACCUACAAGAAGUUCAGUAUGGACGGCGCAGGGAACCUAACCUCUCCACUGGGAGCCUACCGACAGCCUCAGGUGUCUCAGACCGGGAUGCAACAGCACUCUAUGGGCCAUAACGCCACCGUGGCCACCACUUACCACAUGCCGCACACCGUCUCCCAGUUCUCCCACAGCGCAAUGGGGGGAUACUGCAAUGGAAGCAUAGGCAACAUGGGAGACCUCCCGUCGUACCAGGAAAGCAUGCGGAAUAGUGCAGCAGCAACAGGGUGGUACAGCGCCAACCCGGAUCCAAGAUACUCCACAAGUAUGAACAUGAGCGGCAUGGGGAGUCUCUCAGGAAUGGCGGACGCCACCAAGUCCAUGCCAGUUCUCCACGCUGCGCCCAGGAGGAAACGGCGCGUCCUGUUCUCGCAGGCUCAGGUCUACGAGCUGGAGAGGAGGUUUAAGCAGCAGAAAUACCUGUCGGCGCCUGAGAGGGAGCAUCUGGCCAGCAUGAUCCACCUGACGCCGACCCAGGUGAAAAUCUGGUUUCAGAACCACCGGUACAAGAUGAAGCGCCAGGCCAAGGACAAGGCAACGCAGCAGCUGCAGCAGCAGGACGGUAACCUGUGCCCACAGCAGGCGCAGUCCCCGAGGCGCGUAGCCGUGCCAGUUCUGGUGAAGGACGGUAAACCGUGCCAGAACGGCUCCAACACGCCAACGCAGAACCAGCAACAGGUACAACAGAGCCAACAACAAAACCAACAACAGAACGGAGCCGGAGUUGUGCUCGCAUCUUCGACCAGCAGCCUCAGCCAGCAUCAAAGCCAGCAGCAGGUGAACGCUUUGGAGCUCGAGGAGAUGUCGCCUAGCCCCCCCUCACUGCACAGCCAGCUCAACAUGGCCCAGCUAGACACAUCUGCUGUAGAUUACACCAGCAACAUGGUCAGCUCAAACCUCCUCUACGGCAGAACGUGGUAGGACUUAAUACAGUACUGUCACUUUCCACUUUUUCUAUGUGAACCUGCGGAUGAGCCCCAUGCAU